AUGCCUCCGAAAGUGAAAGCGGACAGCGCGAAGACACCGUCGCUGAAACGGCUCAAGGCUCAGUUGAAGGACACUCAAUCAACUCUUGGCGACAUUGAGACGUUCAUCAAGGACUUCAAGGACACCGCUACGGCCAGCGAUGUCAGCGUUCGGUUGGAAAUUAUCAAUGACAUCUAUGAGACUUUUUGCGAAACCCUCAUUGAUAUCACUUCUCACGACGAGUUCUUUGAAGCGGAGGAUUUUUACGAAUCUGCCCGGAUGGCUUUCAACUUGAGCUACAUGGAGGCCAAAUCGUUUCUUUUGGAGAGGCUCAGGGAGCGCGAAGACCACACGUCGGAUCAGCCUAACGUUACGCUAGGUUGCGAGAACUUGAACCAUGUGCAGUUACCUCAGAUCCAACUGCGGACAUUCACCGGAGAUGACGACGAUUGGGUUAGCUUCCGGGAUUUGUUUACGUCGCUCAUCCACUGGCGGAACGACCUGUCCGGUGUGGAAAAGCUACAGUACCUGAGAGGUUGUUUGUUUGGCAAACCUGCGACGAUGGUAGACAAGUACAAGAUGAGCAACGCGGACUACCAGUUAGCUUGGGAAGAUUUGCUGAACUAUUACAACAACAGCAAGCAAAUGAAGAAGCGUCAAAUUCAGCAUCUUUUCGAACUGCCAGCCAUGUCCAAAGAAUCUUCUGAGGAGUUGCGUGAUCUCAUCCAAGGAUUUGAGAAGGUUGUCCAAUCCUUGGACCAGAUUGUACAACCAGGCGACUACAAGGACUUGCUUCUGGUGCACAUGCUGACGGAUCGUCUUGACCCGGUAUCACGGCGAGGCUGGGAGGAGCACUCGUCUACCAAGGAUCAGGACACGGUUAAGGACAUGCUGGAGUUCUUGCAGCGGCGUAGUCGUGUGCUCGAGUCGUUGCCUCCGAAGACGACUAACGCAAAGAGUACAUCACAGCAACCACAACAACAACCGAAGUCGAAACCGUCGGUGGUCAGGACUAACUACAGCACGGCUCAAGCGUCAGGAGAACGCUGCCCAGCGUGCACGGGAACCCAUCUUCUUCACAGAUGCUCGGUGUUUCAGAGGAUGACGGUUUCGGACAGGGAGUCUCUGCUGCGCACGCAUUCGCUGUGUCGCAAUUGUCUCAAACCUGGACAUCUUGCGAGAGGUUGCCAGUCGAAGUACUCUUGCCAGAACUGUAAAGCGCGACACCACACACUUCUCUGUUUCCGCCCUCGGAAGGAUCAGGUGAAGGUCGCAUCAACUACCAGACGGGAGAAUGCUUCCAGGGAAGAACCUCAAGGUACAGCAGGUUCGAACUCAUCUCAGGUCAAGGACGCAUCUGAGACAGUAGUCGCAAGCGCUGCUCAACGUUUCGCAACACAUGUUUUGCUGGCAACAGCUGUCGUCGUUGUUGAGGAUGACAACGGAAAUCGGCUUCCAGCGCGGGCUCUGCUCGACUCGGGUUCGGAGAGCAACUUUAUGUCGGAACGAUUAAGCCAGCGACUACGGGUCAAAAGGAACAAGGUGGACAUCUCGGUGUCCGGGAUUGGACAAGCAGUCUCAAGAGUAAAGCAGCAGAUUCAAGCCACGGUUUGCUCACGGAUCUCAGAUUUCUCUCGAGCAAUGCGAUUUCUAGUUCUCCCAAAGGUUACGGUCAAUUUACCAACGUCGGCCAUAAACACCACUGGUUGGACCAUACCAGAUGGCGUCGUACUGGCGGAUCCGACGUUUUCGAUGUCCAACGGUGUGGACAUGGUACUUGGGAUCGAGCAUUUCUUUGACUUCUUCGCAAGCGGUCAGAAAAUCUCACUGGGAGAACAGCUGCCAGCCCUGAACGAGUCGGUUUUCGGAUGGGUGGUAUGCGGCGGUUGUGCAGACUCACGGGAGUCUCCGCGGAUUAACUGCAACGUGUCGGCAUUGGAAAAGCUGGAUGCUUUGGUGGCUCGAUUUUGGUCCUGUGAGGAGGUCGAGUCAGCAGCCGGUAACUACUCGCCAGAGGAAGCACGCUGCGAAGCUCUGUACGCACAGUCGGUUCAACGCGGUACAGACGGACGGUAUUCGGUUGCUCUACCGAAAGCUGAAGACGCUCUGUCACGGUUAGGCGAGUCCAAGGACAUCGCCGUAAGACGUCUUCACGGCACGGAACGGAGACUGGCCAGGGACGAUCAUCUCCGAGAACAAUACGUCGCUUUUAUGCACGAAUAUGAGCAGUUAGGACACAUGACGAAGGUCACGGACACGGGCUCCGCCAAACGGUGCUACCUGCCCCAUCACCCAGUGGUCAGGGAGGCUAGCACAACCACCAAGGUACGCGUGGUGUUCGACGCGAGCUGUAAGACUUCUUCUGGUGUGUCGCUCAAUGAGGUUCUGCUGUGUGGACCAGUAAUCCAGCAGGACUUGAGGUCGAUAAUCUACCGUUGUCGCGUGAAGCAGAUCAUGUUGGUUGCGGACGUCGAAAAGAUGUUCCGGCAGAUCGGAAUCUGUCCGGAGGACCGUUUGUUGCAAUGCGUUCUAUGGCGUCCAACACCCACCGAGGCGAUCUCCACGUACGAACUCAACACCGUUACGUACGGUACGAAGCCAGCUCCGUUUUUGGCAACACGGACGUUGAAACAGCUGGCCAUGGACGAAAAGGAACGGUUUCCGCUCGCAGCCAAGGUCGCCUGCGAAGACAUCUACAUGGACGAUGUGAUCACCGGUACCAACGACUUGGACUCGGCGAUCGACCUGCGAAACCAGCUGGACAAGAUGACGGUCAGUUGUGGUUUCCGUCUACGGAAAUGGGCAUGCAAUCGUGCUGAAGUUCUGUAUGGUGUGGAGGAGGAUAACUUGGCGAUUCCCUGCGCCGAUGGUAUCAACCUGGAUCGAGAUCCUUCGGUGAAGACGCUCGGGUUGACAUGGUUCCCAUCUACGGACGAAUUCAUGCUCAAGUUCACCAUCCCAGAGACGGGCCCUGAUGAACCACUCACCAAGCGGAACGUUCUUUCCAAAAUUGCGUCGAUUUUCGAUCCCCACGGUUGGUUUGGCGCAACGGUUACAACGGCAAAGGUGUUCAUGCAGCAGUUGUGGACGCCGGGCAUCGAUGGCAAGCGUCUGGAAUGGGAUCAGCCAUUGCCUUCGAUGAUGGGUGAGAACUGGCGGAAAUUCGAGGAGCAAUUACCGGUUCUCAGUUCGGUUCGGUUUGCGAGAUGUGUCGUCAUCCCUAACGCAACGUCGGUUCAGCUGCAUUGCUUCUCAGACGCGUCCACCAAGGCCUACGGUGGUUGUGUUUACGUUCGUAGCGAGAACGCAAAGGGAGAAGUUAUGGUUCGUCUGCUGGCCUCAAAGUCGCGGGUUGCCCCGCUCAAGGUUCAGACGAUUCCGAGACUGGAGCUCUGCGGAGCGGUCUUGGUGGCGCAGCUGUUCAAGGUUCUACGAGAAGCGCUCGACAUUCCAGUGGACGCAUAUUUCUGGACGGACUCCACGUGCGUACUCUGCUGGCUUGGAUCUAUCCCGACCACGUGGAACGUGUUCGUUGCAAACAGGGUGUCGAAAAUUCAAAACAUCACGGAAGGAUUUCGUUGGCAACACGUCCCAGGACUUCAAAACCCUGCUGAUCUUAUUUCCAGAGGAAUCUCUCCACAGGACAUCGUGGACAACGAGUUCUGGUGGUUUGGACCGGAUUGGCUGCGUUUGAGCCCAGAGCACUGGCCGAAUGCAGAAUCUACAGCUGAAGAUGAGAAUGCGGAAACGGAAAGACGUCGAUCGGUGACAGCAAACACUGGGUCGGUGGUACAGGAGUUCAACGAUCUUUAUUUUUCGAAAUUCUCUUCGUACCCGAAGCUGAUCCGUCAAACAGCCGUUUGGUUGCGGCUCAUGAAACUUCUCCGCACUCCCAGCUCGGACCGUACAUCCGGAUUUCUCACCACGGCGGAACUGAAGGAGGCAGAGAACGUGCUGAUUCGUCGGGUUCAGAUGGAAUCGUUCGCUGAUGAAAUUAAGGCACUAUCUGCAAGAAAAACGGUUGCUGUUAAAUCACCUCUUCGUUGGUACAACCCUUACCUAGACCAGGACAACAUUAUUCGAGUGGGUGGGCGGUUGCAACACUCUGACGAGCCCGAGGACGCCAAGCACCCUGCUGUUCUGCCUGCGCGCCAUCGCUUCACACGGUUGAUUUUGCAUUAUUAUCAUCUCGGGCUGCUGCACGCUGGACCACAGCUGCUGUUGGGAACAGUUCGGCUUCGAUUCUGGCCUUUGGGAGGACGGAGCGUGGCACGCACGAUCGUGCAUCAGUGCAAAACAUGCUUCAAAGCCAAACCUACGCCGGUGCGACAAUUCAUGGGCGAUCUGCCAGCGGUACGCGUCACGGUUGCGCGUCCGUUCUCGAAAACUGGCGUUGAUUACUUUGGCCCAGUGUUCGUUCGCCCAGGACCUCGGCGAACGGCGAUCAAGGCGUACGUGUGCCUGUUCGUGUGCCUGUGCACCAAGGCUGUGCACCUCGAACUCGUGUCGGACCUCUCCACGGAACGCUUUCUGCAGGCUUUGCAUCGGUUCACCUCGCGCAGAGGACCUGUCGCCGAGAUCUGGUCUGACAAUGGGACCAACUUUGUCGGAGCUCGGAACAGACUGCACGAGUUGUUUACACUGCUGCGGGACAAGCAACACCAGGAGAAGGUCUUCAGGGAUUGCGCCAACAACGAGAUUCGCUGGUCGUUCAGCCCACCAAGCGGUCCACAUUUCGGUGGUUUAUGGGAGGCGGCCGUACGCUCAGCCAAGCACCACAUUCUGCGUGUCAUUGGAGACGAACCUAUCUCGAUCGAGGACAUGAACACGCUGCUCGUCCAAGUAGAAGGCUGCUUGAACUCGAGACCCAUCACGCCAAUGUCGGACGACCCCAAUGAUCUCGAGCCGCUCACACCUGCGCAUUUUCUCGUUGGAUCAUCGUUGAAGGCUCUACCGGACCGAGACUACACGGAAAUACCUGCAAACCGUCUCAACCAUUAUCAACUGAUCCAGCAGAAGCAACAACUUUUUUGGUAUCGUUGGAAGAGGGAAUACCUGAGUCAACUGCAAGCUCGCACGAAACGUUGGCGGUCACCUGUGCAGAUAGAAGUCGGCAAGCUGGUCGUAAUCGUCGACGACAAUCUGCCGCCCACGCGCUGGAAGCUAGCGAGGAUCAGCGAAGUCCAUCCAGGUGCCGACGGUGUCGUACGUGUUGUCACCCUCAAGACUGCGACGAAGCUGAUCAAAAGGCCGGUCGAGAAGAUUUGUUUACUUCCACUGGACGAAGAGGAGCACAAUGCCAACAAACCAAGUGAACAAUAG